AUGACCAUUUUACCCUUAUAUUUGCAUGAAGGGUUGAUUAAAAUUGUGGAAGAAAGUGUAAAGAUUGAUCAAAAUUUGUCCCAAAAUAAGCCGAUUUAUUUUCUUGGAGAAUCUUUUGAUCAUGUGUUCUACCAAUGUGACAGUGGCUCUGGUGUCUUGGGACUUCCCGUGGAUCAUAUUCAACAUUUCAGCUUGUUACCAGGCAGGACAGACAUACGGAUGAAAGUAGAAAUCGCUCAAGAUACAGAGUUUGUGGAGCCACUAGAUGAAGCUUGUAUAUGGCGCCAAACAAGAGGCACCACCGCUGAAACUUUAGGAGCCGAGAACAAAGUUGAAUCCACAGAGAAGUCUUUGUUUGCUAGCUUGGACAAACUUAUAGCGCCUGAUCGUCCAUGCUACUCUUGUUAA